AAGGAUGUUAGCAAAGACAAGCAUGAUCUACAAAGUACUAUAAACUCUCAAAAUGUGGAUAGUGAUCAGUCUGAGACUUGGUCUGUUCCUAAUUCUGUAACAGGUGAAAUAGAUGAAGAUGACCUUGGAAGUGAAAAUUGCUCACAAACAAUUGCAUUUCCUCCUGGUACUAAUGUUUUAUAUGAAGAUGUUAAUUAUCAUAUCUUACCUGAUGGUCAUUUUGUUACUGAAUUGCCUGCUUUGGAGGAGGAAAGUGAAGAUGAAGAUAUCUUUUGUCCUGUACCACCAAAAAAGAAGACAAAAGUCAGAUUUAAUUAUGAGCCCAUCAAGGUAUAUAGUACAUAUUCUGUGGAUGAUUAUGAUCGUCACAAUGAUGAUGUGGAUCCAGUAGCUGCUUCAGCUGAAUACGAGUUGGAGAAGCGUAUUGAAAAAAUGGAUGUUUUCCCAGUUGAUUUAGUGAAAGGUCCAGAAGGUUUGGGACUCAGUAUCAUUGGCAUGGGUGUUGGAGCAGAUGCUGGAUUAGAAAAGUUGGGCAUUUUUGUGAAAUCAAUUACUGUUUCUGGAGCCGCAUAUAAAGAUGGAAGAAUUGCAGUAAAUGACCAAAUCAUUGAAGUUGACCAGAAAUCACUUGUUGGAGUUACACAAGCUUAUGCUGCCUCAGUUCUGAGAAAUACAUCUGGUUUAGUGAGUUUUCUUAUUGGUCGUGAAAACAAUUCAGAGAAUAGUGAAAUAGCUCAGUUAAUAUCACAAUCAAUUCAAGCUGAUAAGGAACAACAAAAGUCAUGUAGCUAUCAGAGAGAAGAAGAUCAAAGUGGAGAUAGCUCUCACUUAUCUCAGGGUUCUACUCCUGAAGAGGGAGAAGAUGCGCCUACUGUAGAAGUUUUCGAUUUGACAAGUGGAAGUAGUGGAUCACUAUCUCCAGACACAGAUGUAGAAACUUUGCGUACCAAGCUAAAAGAGGUGCAAUACCGCAGUGCAGUUGCUGAAGCUGAUUUGCAACAGGCCAAAGAGAAGUUGCACUGUGUUGAAAAAAUGGAAGCAGAUCGUCAAAAAAUGUUGAAGAAAAUUGAAAGUUUACAGCAUCAAGUAAAUGAAAAAGAACUAUCUGUACAAAGUGCUAAGCAGCAAAUAGAAGAAUACAAGUUUAAAGUUAGUAAAGCCCAACAACAACUGCAUGAUUUAGAACGCAAAUACAGUAAAGCAAAGAAAAUCAUUAAGGAAUUUCAGAAACGAGAAAAAGACUAUAUCCAGCAAGAAGAUUUCCACUUACAGCAAAUGCAAGAAAAAGAUCAGGAAUACAAUGCAUUAGUGAAAAUACUGAAGGAUCGGGUAAUCUUGUUAGAGCAUACUUUAUCUGAAGUACAGAAAGCUGCUGGCCUACCCAUUGAACUGCCAUAUGAUGUUCAUCAACUUACCCCUGUUUUAAGGAAGAAAAAUGGAGUUCAAUCAGAUUCAAAGCUUGCUUUUAAACAAAUUGAGGUGGAUAUGUCUGAUGGCUCUGAUUCAGAGUUGGGAAGACGAACUCAAAGCCCGGAUGCUGCAAGCGAAGAUAGUGAGAAAAGGUCAACAGUUGAGCGUAAAAUUGUAAAAGAUGAACAUUUAAGCCAAUCACAUCCCCUUCCAGACUUGCUUGAGGCUAGUUCAGCAAGGUCAUUUGCUGAAAAUGAUGUAAAGAGUAAUGCUUCUAUGGAUAAUAAAGCAGUAGAGAAAGGUGCUAUUGCUGGUCUAGACAGUUCUAACUCUGAUGCUUCAUAUUUAAAAGGGAAGAUAGACAAUGGGUUUUCUAUGCCUCCUAGAUCAAUCUCAUUUGCAGAAGAGAUAAAAGUUGCUGUGUUAGAGUGGAACUCUAAAGUUGGAGGAUCGAGUGAAUCUGAUCUUACAAGAAGCCCUCAAAGUAUGGAUCAGGUUAUGUCUAAUGGCAGUUUGAUGGAGAAAUUCAUUGAUGACCAAGUUGUACCACCAAGUUAUCAGCAUGCUACUGGGGAGAAUUUUGGUUAUCCUAAUUGCAAUGCUCUUUCUCCUGUAGCUACAAAGGAAGAUAGUUCAUCAUCUCACAUUCCAUGUACACCUCCAGUUGAAAUUCCGCCUAAGAAAAGAAAUAUAAUUCAGACAGACAAUGCUAGAUUAUCUGCAAGUUUGGAUGGAUCUCGAGAAGAUUUGAUGAAGGAAACAAAAUCAGCUUUUCCUGCCAACAUAAAAUCUCAAAAACCAUCCAUUUUGCCACCUAGAGUUCCUGAGCGAAGCAGCAGUCGGGAUCGCCGUCCUAACAAUUGGCAAGGUCGACCUGUACACUUGUGGACAGCAACGCAAGUGGGCCAGUGGCUGAUGGUUCUGGGAAUGGAGCAGUAUAUUAAAAGUUUCCAGGCACAUGACAUAACUGGCAUUCACUUACUUAAUCUUGAUAGUGCUAAACUUAAGACCCUUGGUGUUAACAGCAGCAGUGAUAGGUCAGUAAUCAAGAAGAAACUGAAGGAAAUGAAAGCACUACUGGAAAAAGAAAGGAAAGCUCAUGAAAAAGAACAGAAAGCUCUUGAAAAGCUGCAAAAGAAAGCUGAAAAGGCUAGGAAAAAAUAAGUCAUUUUUUUAUUUUCAUAUUGUGUGUAAAACUGAAACAAAAUAUUUUUACUUCGCUGCCACUUCCUGAAAAGUGCCAAAAAUGUUCUCUUGAAUUAUUUGUACUCUCCUAUGUGAAUUGAAUUGCUCAUGAGGCUUUUACUUUACUGUUUUUAUGAACCUGUAGAGCUAUUUUAAUUUUUUGUUACAACUUGCCCAAUUAGUCAUAUUAGUUCUGUUGGAAAUUUUAUAAAUUAUUUAUAUUUUAGUAUUUAUAAAAAGUAUUUGUUAGGUUUUUAUCAUUUGCUAUCUCUUUAUUUGUAAAUAGCAAAAUGUGACGUGAAUUACUGAUAUAAAAAAUGACCAUUUUAUAACUCUUUUAUAUAUUUAUACGCCAAUGCUUGUGUAGGAUUAUACACUGAUAUAUAUGUUUGUGGUUUGUAUUUUUUUUAGUGAUAUUUAUGCAGUCAUUGGUCAGUUUUUAAGCAGUAUAGUAAUAGAACAUUGGUAACUGCUGCCUGUUAGGCAAAGGAAGUUUCUUGAAAGUAAUUUGCUGUUAAAUUACACAGUGAAAAGACACCAUAUUUAUGCAUUCACUGCCAUGGUACUCAAGUUUUGUAACUUAACUUUAAAUGUUCCUGCUUGUGGGUGGGAAAUUUUCUUUCCCCCCUUUUUUUCUGUAUUUCAUUAAAGUUUUCAGUUUUUAUUUUAAAUGUGCAAUCAAAUUUAAAUUUCUUGUAUUUUUGUAUAUUGAAAUAGCUCAAAAGGACAAAUUUAUUUCCAGACAGAUAUUAAAGCUUAAUAGAUUUUUAGCACUUUCGUAGUAAGGAAUUCAGAAGUUUGUGAGGAAUGUGUUACUGUAGUCUUUCAAAUUUAAAAGAAAUGUGUUACCAUGCUGUAUGAGAAUAAGCUGUUCUGCCAAAAUCAAAUACUUCAUCUAUUUGAAGAGAAACACAUGAAAGUAAAAUUUACAAUUAGGCAAAAAUGCAGCCUUAAAUUGACCUAAUUUUGAGUAAAACUUGAUUGAUAUUGAGCGUAAUAAAAUAUCAUCUUCAGGAGCAAGAAGGAUUUUUUAAAUCUGUGAUAAUUUUUUUUGCCUAAUUUUAAAUCUGUCUGUUCAUUUCAUUGUAUUUCUGCAAAAUGGGAAAGGCAAAAGAAAACAAAGGAAUCUAAGUUUAUUAUUUAAUUGUGAAGACAGAAGUAUGAUUUACCUUAAAAUAUAAGUUUGAAUUUUAGUUAUAGAUUUUUUUAAUAAAAUAUACUUUUAAAACUUGUCAAUCUAAUUCACUGUUUGCUUUUCAUGAAUGAUUGUAGAACUGCUUGUAAUGUAAUUUCAUAUCUAUCAUAUAUUAUUUGCUCUUCUGAGCAAGAAGUUGCAUUUUUUUUAAGUUUAUUUUUUAUAAUUCGUAUGUGUACAUUAACAAAAUGAUUUUGUGCUGUACAAUUCCUAAUGUAAGGUAGUAAUUACAAUUACCUUUUUGAGAAAUUAAAUUUAUUGCAAUUGAUAUGAUGCAUAUUAGAUAAGACUGGCACAUUUCUUCAUUACUUAUAUUAGGUGUUGUAUGGCAAUUUUUGUUUCAUAUGAACUUUUACAUCAUUAAUAGACUGCUCUGCUGAACAAUUAAGGUUUCCUGGUUUCAUCAGAAUAAAUUUUUACUAAUUUAUUGGAAUUAGUGUGGAAAGGAAAAUGGUUUAAAUUUUUAGAGUGCUUUUCAAAAAAUAGUAAAUGAAAUUAUUUAGUGUAUAUGUAAAUGCAGUAUGAAUUCUGCAAUCCUUGUGUAGUCAGUUAGUUCAAGGGAAAUGGGUGCUUUUUCUCUGUGUGCAUGGAUAAAUUAAUGUGGAAAACAGAGAUAAUAUAAGGUGUUUUAGAUCUUUUAGCUCUAAAGAAUAGCUGUAGACAUUGUCAAUUAUUUUAUUUUUACAAGGUAUUUACUGAAAUCACAUUGAAAUAAGUCAUCUUGUUAGAAUUAUGUGACAUAUAACUCCCCACAUACAAUAUUUUAAAAUUCAUUUCUACUUUACACUUGUGAGUUUCAUAGAAAUAUUAUUAUAACAUUUCAGUUUAAAUUGUGUACCUCUAUAUCUUGGUAUGUAUAGGGGGUAUGUAUAUAUACACUGAAGAGCCAAAACACUAUAACCACUUACUUGAAAACGCAUUUUGCAUCCUUUCAUGUGCAUAACAACUGCGACUCGUCCCGGCAUGGAUGCCUUAAGUUCUUGGCAGAUGACUGGAGAUAGGUUGUACCAAAUGUCUAAGCAGCAGUCACACAAAGUCUAUAUAUUCCAAUGGUGGUGUUUGAGCUCUGAGCUGCCAAUCCAUGACAUCCCAAAUGUGCUGUAUUGGUUUAAGAUCCAGCAAGUUAGCUGGCAAGGUAUUUAAUUGGAAUUCAUCGUCAUGCUUCUCAAACCACUCCAACACAAUCUGAGCUCUGUGACAAGGGACGUUGUCCUGCUGGAAGAUUCCAUUUAUAGUUAGGAAAACAGAUACAGUGCAAGGGUGGAGCUGAUCCACAGUUAUGUUGAGAUAGUCUGCAGCUUCCAUGGUCUGUUCUACCACAAGUAAGGGUCCCAGAAUUGCCCAUGAGAACAUCCCCCAAAUCAUACCACCACCACCAGCAAACAGUGCAUGACCUGCUGUACAGGGGAAAGCAACUGUUCACAGACAUGACUGUUGACAUGAUGAAUAAGAAAUUGUGAUUCAUCCGACCAGGCAACUGUCUUCCACUUAUCCAUUGUCCAGUUUUGAUGUUCCCGGGCCCAUUGUAGAUGUAGUUGACGAAUGAUGCUUGGUCAACAGAGGCACAUGAGUGGGACCUGUGCUGCGCAGUCCUAUAUUCAACAGUGUCCAAUGAACUGUGUGUUCCAAAACACGUGCACUUGGACCUGCAUUGUAUUGUGCUGUCAGCUGAGCCACUGUCUGGAGCCAAUUUUGCUGUUCCAAGCACGACAAUCUCAGACACCCUUUUUCUUUGAUGACAGGUUAACAUCUGACACUGACAUCUGUGGCUGGUUUCACUGUCAUGUAUCCACUUUGCAUAAAUACUAAUAAUGGCAGAUUGUGAACAAGCUACCAAUCAUGCAGUUUCAUAGAUGCACGUCCCGAGUCUUCCGGCAAUUACAAUCAAUUACAAUAUCAAAUUCGCUUAGAUUAGCAGCCUUUCCCUUCACUCGCAAAAGUAAGUGCAAGAAUAGUUCUUUACCUUCUGUAGCAGCAGUUUAGUACCAUUCCUACUUAAUAACAGGCCCUCCACAUCAGCCAGACAUGUUCAUUGAAAUAUAUGAGAGUAGUGAUAAUAUUUUGACUCAUCAGUGUGUAUACAUAUAUGUGUGUGUAUAAAUUGAAAUUAAAAGCAAAUUGAAGUCAUAUUUACAAACAAAAUUUUGAUAUGAGUGAAAACAUUUUUUAAAUGUAAAUAAUUUUGUAGUAAAAUUUA